AAGACAGACAGACGAGUGUGCCAUUUAUUUGGAUUCCCAUCAUUUGACAUAGUUCCUUUACACACCGCUCAUCUCUCUUUACUCGCCGCACGUUUUUAUUAUUUGAUUAAACCAUAUUCUUCUUGGAAAUAAAUCAAGAUCAUCAGCAAUAUAGCAACAUGAAGGGACUGCUCUUCCUGUUGUGCUGCGUAGAACUCCUUGGUUCACUAUUGUGCGGUUCUCAAAUGACUGCAGGAAUUACUGCUGCUUCAGAUCUGACUACUUCAGAUCUUGACUCAACUACACAAGAAGACAAUUCAACUGCAGACUCCACUUCAACAACUUUUCAAAAAACAUCCCUAUCUGAUCACACAAGUGAGGCCAACAUUCAGUCUGAGUCACCUUCACCAGUCUCCCUGGACUUCAGCAGUCAUAGCACUUCAAUGUCAUCUGGCACACAUCGGCCCACCACCACCACCACUACCACCACUUCCACCACCACCCCUUUCAAUAUGUACAGGGAAUGCCUUCCAUUGUUCAUGGUGAGCGGCGGACUGAUCAUAGCGUGUACCAUUCUGCUGGUUUCUACUCUGCUGUUGAUAUGGAAGGUGUGCCAGCAGAGCAGACGCAUCAAGGCGCUGAGCAGCAACGCAGACCUGUUCAGCACCUCCGAAUACUGGAUGGGAACCGCCAAGAGGAACAAAAGCGCGUCAGAGCCAGAAGCCAAAGAGAACACGGUGUUGAUGUCUGACAUUGGUCAAACGCAGGAGGAGAUGGGUAAUGGUACCACCGAGGAAGAAGGCGGGAAGGUAAAGGAGGAUGGACCAAAGGAAGAGAAGAAGAAGGAGGAAGAAACUGCAAAGAGUGAAGAAGUUUCGGCUGGUCCUGUAACCGUUGCUGAAAAGGCCUCAAAGCCACAAGAAGAAGCCACUGACUCCAAGUCCACCGAGGCCGCAUCCGCCUCCAACUGUAAAGGCACUGAGGAACCAAAAGAUAAAGUCUAGGGUUAAAUGUGUGUUCCAAUGCGUUUCCUGAGCACCUGCCUUUACUUCCCUAGAGCUUUACAAUACAGUAAAUAAGGCAUUCUUUUUUUCAGCAGCUUUUGCUUUACAGGAAGUCGAUCAACCGCAGCUAGAUGUGUCAAACUGUGCACUGAGCAUUUCUGCUUGAAAACAAUUGGUUGAUACUGUACUUCUUUGUUAUUAGUGAUGUUAUAUUGAAAUGUAUCAAUGGGAUAUUUUACCUCUACAGUGAAAAAACUGAAACGUUGACUUUAACUAAAUGUAUUAUGUCAAUAGAUUUCACAUAACUGUACUAGGCUAAUUGAAAGCAAUAACAAUACGUUUAGAUACAAAAUAUUAGUUACAACUUAAUAUUAUUGCUUUCAAUUAACUGUGUACCAUCACCAGUUUCCUUUUCAAAGAAGAAUAAGCUGGUAGGUGGAUCUUAGACGCCCUUAAUCGUUAAAAUUAUUUAAAUGGGUGAGUUGUAUAAACAUCAGCACUGUCCCGUUGUAAUGAACAGGUCAAUUAGAUAAAGACACCAACAUUUUUUUGUUCCAACCUGUAACCAUGAUUAUUUCUGCUUUGGCGUUUUGUAAUGGUGGUGUAUGGAGAUUGACUUGCUUUCGGAGCAAGCCUCAGGUGGCUAAUCGAGGAAAUGCAGCUUUUGGCACUGUUACAUUGGCUUAAUUUUUCACCAGAAAGUGGCCCCUUGAAUUCCACUUCCAGUUUGUAAAGUGAUAUUUUGAUAUAGUUUUGCUGUCAUUAUUUACUUUUCACUUCUCUAUUUACAAUACAUAACAAAUGUUAUUUUUGGGGAUCUUCCUGUGCCAUGAAGGCAUUUGAAUAAAAAGAAAAAUAAUAGUGGUCGGUAAUUAUAAGUGGUCAUUUUGUAGGUAAUUAUUUUUAUAUAAUAAUAUGUGUCAUAGUCCAUAUGUGUUGUGAAAAACCUUUUGAGAUGUACUGUUUUGACAUACGCAACAAAAAGAGGAAUAAAACCCGUCCUGAGAAACCUCAGUCCUGAAUUAUUUGA